GGGUUCUCUGAAGGUGUAAGUCUGGCUGAAUGCGUUCAACCUGAACUUGCUUAAACAGAGUAACAUGAUCUUCUGCCUUUGAAGGCGGGCUGUUUGUCGCUGUAGUAUUUGGGUGACGUCCACUGAGUUAAUAUGACUGUUAUAAACUGUUGAUAGAAUCGCUGAAGAGGAAGCACAUGUCUGUCCUAGUAAGCUGAGGCCACCGUUUGUAUUGCAGGGCUGCAAACAAAUAUUGCGAACUGCCCAUGCAACACAUACACACCAAUUCUCCGAAAGAGGGGGAAAAAAACAACCCGGAUACUUGUUUUCCAGUGAAGUGGCACACGCCGGUAAUCGGUGUUGAUCGGCUUGGCUGGCUGGGAGCUCGGAGCUGGGAGCUCGGGGGGGAGACGCGCUGUGAGGCUGUGACUGACUGAGUGUCAUGGCCGCCGCCCGCUGCUGACGAACCGGGUUACAAUAUGAGGACGCGCGACACCACGAGUCUAUGAUAUGAACAUGGAAGUGGAACAGACAAACCCAAGCAGCCAUAAUGAGGAUCAAGCCGGUGACAAUGACAGAGGCAACUGGCGUAGACGCCUCCGACUCAGGAAAUCCUCAGCUUUGUCUCACACUGUGAAUAGUACAACUGAAGAACAGACGGUCGAUGAAGAAUUGACCAAGGAGUCAUCACAAAACGAACAAAAGGAUCACCAAAUAGUGGACAACGCUAGCAGCAAGCUCACAUUUACUUGCUCUGAUUGCAAGGAUGGCACAAGAUUUAGUCCAGAUGGUUUGUUAAAACACUUUAAAAGCUUUCAUGGAGGAAAAGGACACCCACCGCCUUUUCCUUGCGACAUGUGCAGUUUUGUUGGUUCUGACUUUACUACCAUGCAGCAGCAUUACCUGAAACACAAACACUCUAGGCUCACAUCUGAGAUGUGCAGUGACAAAGGUUUGGAAACACCCUCCCAACUCACAAAGCAUUGUCAAACACACAACAAUCAAUAUCAAUGUGAAAAGUGCAAGUUUUCUACAAAGGAGCUCACACAUUUUCUACAUAACUCUUGUCCACACAACACUGUACCAGCUAUAGACAGUAGUGAAAUGUCAGGUGUUAAGCCCAUGAAUGGUGAACUGAAUAGGAAUCUUUUGGCUGAUGCUGCAGGUGAACCCCAGAAAGAUGAGCUACUAAAGCACAUGACUACUGCCUGCCAUCGUGGGUGGAGCAGAAAGAAUUGGUGGAAAAAUAGAGAUGUUGCCCCAAAAAAACCCAAACAAACUGCUUCAGACAUCAAAUUCCUGACUCCAAAUUCAGAAAUCCAGUGGACAUCUGCAAAAUUUCUGCCUUUCUCAGCUGCAGGUUUGCUUGAUGAAAACGGUGAACUACUACAUCCAACGCGGACCUUAGAGGAGACUAAGCAGUUUCUGGAAAGGACAGUUAACUGUGGAAGAAAAUGGCCAGCGACUCUAAAAGGUGAACCAGAUCUCUCAUCUCUGUCCUGUCCCGGACCCUUCCUCUCUGAGCCAAAGAUGAAGCGAAGUGUCACAUCACUUCCUGUACUGAAUUCUGGGAACGAACUUUCUGGUCUCAUGGAAAAGAACAAUAUCUCAGUUCCACCUGAUUGCACUACAAAGGUUGUUGGUUUCAAGAUGGUGGAUGGAAAAAAGCAUCUUGUUCUUAAAGUCAUACCUUCAGCCAAGCCAGAGGUUUCUUCAGACACAGGAGAAGAACCUGCAAGAUUAAACCAGGAAGAAAGAAAUGAUAUACAAUUAGACCCUCAUAUUGAGAGGCCCAGUGAUCAAAUGUGCAGUGAAUCAGGCAAUAUUACCACUGCAGAUUCCACAAUCAACGGCUACGAUUCUACCUCAACUUCACACCAGCCCAAAAAACAAGGACUUGGUGAAGAAGAAGAAGAAGAAGACCAAGAUACAAUAGGAGAUGCAUCUCAGGUUGAUAACACUGAAAAUGACUGUAGCAAUGACCUAUGUGCGUUCAGUGACAGUCCUGAUGCACCUGCACAACUCACUCUCUCAGGAAUAGAGGAGGUUUUUAAUGUAGUAAGUCAGACUAAGAAUGAAAAACCAGCAUCUCCUGAGGAAAUGUUUAACUCUAAUGACACAAUUGACCUCAAUGGAGAAAAUACAGAUGUGCCAGGGGAAGAACAUUCUGUCAGAGAGGCAGAUAUCCAAACCCUGCAAACAAAUAUGCAGGAGAUAAGUGACAAACCAAAACACACAGAAAAUCAGGAAAGAGCAGCAAGAGAUUAUCAAGAAAUUAAUUCUGAGCCUUCCACAAGUCAAGAUGAUAUGAGUGUUGAAGAUAUGUCUUCCAGUAUUUCAUCUGAUUUUGGCAGCAUGGAAGAGGGAAUAAACUCCCAGCUCAUAACCUUGAUGUCUGAGAAAGACAGAAGCCCUGAUACAUACAUGAAGAAUGUGGAUAAAAAGUCAGUGGAAGAAGCAACUAUAAUACAAUUGCCUCUGGAUUACAGGAAUGAACAGAAAAUGGAGAAAGUUUUAAACUCUCCCACAAAUCAAAACGGAGUAGCCAUGAUAGAAUCGAAUAUUAUUGAUCCAAACGUAGCUUCCCCUCACAAGAAUACUACUGACUCUCUGUUUAUUUCCCCAAGUGAACAUGGAAGCCUGUUUUUCCAAUACAGUGGAGAUGAGAACACAAACAACAUAGACCCUAGAUAUGCUCAUGUCCCGCCAGAUCAGAACUGUACAAUGGAAACUGUAGAGGAACCUUAUUUACCACUGCUAUCGCUCGAAGACUCUUGCCGUAAUCCAGACCUGUAUCAGACACUCGAAGAGCUCCCCGUUACCACAGUAAGCCAUUUGCUUGAUGAUUCUGAAGUUACGUACAGAGGUAUUACCUCUCAGUCUGAACCAGGUAGCAUGGCUACCCAGCAAGUGGGUAUGCACUCACCCAAAGCCAUACCAGUAGCAGCAGUGACUAAUGACAAGGCCACUUCACAGCUACCACUAAUGACUGAACCUACUAUCGGCAGUAGGAGACAGCGAGAACCAACCACAAAAGACUCUCAGGGACGCAUCUCAAAACCUAAAAGACGGCUUGUUCGAAAUUCCCAAGAAAGCAAGUCAUCAGCAUCUAUCCCUUACUGGGAACCGCCUGCUCCAGAAAUAGAAAGGACUCUACGGCUCUUUCCUGUUCGCUCCUCACAGCCUGUAAAAGUACCACGUCUAAACCAGCCUGUUGUAGUCCUCAAUCACCCGGACACGGAUAUUCCCGAAGUGGCAAACAUUAUGAGAUCAGUUCACAGGCACAAAGGGGCUGUGCAAAGGGUCGUCCUUUCUCAGGGAACUCUAAAAGCCCUUUCAGAGCUUAACUGUGACACAUUCCGUAAUAUAUGUGCAGACAACUUGCAGUCGUCUCUCUACAGAAGAGUGCGGCCUCAAGGGACAGUUAAAGAAAGGUUCAUCCUCAAUCUGAAGCUGAAGAGGUUAGGUGGGAAUAAGUUUAAGGUGGCAAAUCUAAGCUCUAAUGCUACCCAGCUUCAGUCAGGCUUCAGGUGCUGGUUUUGUGGUCGCCACUUUAAGAACCAGGAGGUGUGGGUAGGUCAUGGUCAGAGGCAUAUUAUGGAGGCUACACGCGACUGGAACAAGUUAUUCAACAGUGAAGGGCAGGGUAAUGGCUCAGAGCAACAAUCCUUCUAUUGAGCUUGUGUGAUUUCAUAAGCAUUGCUUCAUGGAAGCCAUUUUUUUUGGUGCAUUGAUUGUUUUAGAAGAUUUUGAAUAGGCUGGAACGAGGUUUAUACAGCUCAGGGUUCGCAAAACAGGUCAUGUAAUGUGUAUUUCUGGAUUUUUGAGCUUUAUCAGCAUGUCACUCUUAGUAGUGUUAGGUUGAUAAACCAUCUCAGGGACAGUAGGUCAGAAUUAUUUAUUUGUUCUUUUUACUUUGGUGUCAGUGUACGUUAUUGUAAAAGCAAUAUGCAUUAUUUAUAUAAAGAUUUCAAAAGCACUUGUUUAUAAUGUGGUCUGACCAAAAUAAAAUAGCAUUGCUGUAGAAUUUAUUUAACUGAUCUAAAAACAGCACUAUCUGUUGGAUUACUUUAUUUAUAGCUUUAAUUACGUUCAUCUAACUGAAGAUGUUGAUUUUUUUGUUGAAUCUGCUGAUAAAUAUAUUAAUGAAUUAUUUGACAAAAAUCCAUCUUUAUUUUUUUUGCAUUAAUUUAAUAUGUAAUAAUUGCUUACUGGUUUUAAGCUGAGCUCAUGUCUUUGCCGUUGAGCUUUUUUUUUUUUUUUUUUUUUUUUUUAAAUGAGUCUUUGCAAAGCCAGAAUUAUUUAUUCACUUAGAUGAAAACAACUGCAUUUGAGGCAUUUGCUAUUUGUUAUCUAACCUUACCAGGUGUACAUUUUUGCUAUGAGAACACAAUCAGAUUUGACAAAUCAGUUAUAAAGGUUUUGUGGAAUUGUGAUAUUUAUCGACUACAGCAUUUCUCUAUAAUGUUAUCAUUGUCUUGUAUACCAAAGGUGUUGUCUGUUCCCCCCCCCAUGCUAUGGUGGUUCAGCUGAAUUCAGAAUUCAGUGUUAUCAUUGACUGAAGUCCAUUUCAACUUCGUUUGUAUGUUCCUAUUCAAAAAGUGAG